GUUUCUUUUUUUGCCAGAGCUGCCACUGCUAUUAAGAAUAACUAGGAAAAAUCUGGGAGAUAUCUGUUACCUGUCAGCUGUAAAAGAAUGCCUGUAGUACAACGAGGACAAGCUAAGACUUGUCUUAAAAGUAAAAGCGUGAUAGAGGAAACGGGAAGACCCAACUCUUAUCCCUAGUGUUUGGCAACUUCAAAACAACCGCACCCGACGUUUCUACUAUUCUGAAAAUACAGAAAGGAGAAUGGUGAAAGGAAUUAAGAGAUACAGAGCUAUUAAAUACACUUUAUUUGCCUGCUGUUACAUUUUUUGGGUAGCAAGUGCUGUUCUUAUUGCGGUAGGAGUGUAUGCCAAGGUUGCGAAAGAGAAAGAUGUUGUGGACACCUUGACAAUGGACCCAGCUCUCUUGCUGAUCAUUGUGGGGUCCCUGAUGUUAAUCAUCACCUUCUUCGGAUGCUGUGGGGCCCUGCGCAAUGGAAUAUGCCUUCUGAAGAUAUUUUUAGGGAUAUUGGUGGCAAUCCUGAUCCUACAGACUGUAAUGGCAGUGCUUGGAUACCUGUUCACUGACAAGAUUAUGGAGAGAACAAAGACGUUCAUGGAAAAAGCUAUUGUGCGCUAUCGGGAAGAUUUGGACUUGGAAAAUGUUAUUGACUUUGUUCAGAAAAAGUUGCAGUGCUGCGGUGUUCAUACCUACAAAGACUGGUCCAGCAAUGUCUACUUCCACUGCUCUGAGGAGAACCCCAGUCUGGAAGCCUGUGGAGUGCCUUUCUCCUGCUGCCUACGACUGCGCAAUGAGACGGUAUUCAACACCAUGUGUGGCUAUGUGGCCCAAAGUAUGAAUCUGAGUUCGGCAGAAAGGAUUGUGUACACCGCUGGCUGCCUGGAUAAGGUGGUGUGGUGGGGGAAACAGAACCUGUUCCUGGUUGGGGGGAUUACCGCGGGCCUGCUCUGCCUUGAGCUGUGCAUGAUCACUUUGGCAUCUUGCCAGGUGUCUCGCAUAAAGGCGGUUCAACAGAGGAAAAAACAAGAUAGUGGAAAAGGCCGUUCUAGAGAAAGACUAGACAGCAAUGUUUGGGUCCCUGCUUCCUGGGACAUGAAAGAUGAAUGAAUCGGUGGGCGUUUUACUGUACAUGACAACAACUACGAAAAGAAGAAAUCCGUACACACUGUGAAUCAAUGUAUUUUAAUGUCAGAAUGUUAUUCAAGAGUCUCCUAUAUUGUCCACUGCACUUUGUACCUGUUAAUGAGGCGUUCAUUAUUAUAGUCAAAGGUUUUUCAUUUCAAGCCAGAAUGCAAAAGCAUGAUAUAUUAAACAAAGAAAAUGUCUCAGAUUAUCACUAAGUAAUAACAAUAAGCUUAUAACAAGAAGCUUAUAACUCGACAUAUACUCCUGAUUGCGUAAUGUUCACUCGUGUGUUACCCGUAUAAUCAGACAAACAGUCAUGUGGUUGCAGUGGUUGCAGCGUUCAAACCACCUGGUUCAUAAUCUACAAUAUGAGAACCUUUACAGCAGCAUGUCCUCAGUUGUUCUGUGUAUUAAUGCUUUUACAUACAGCAACUGCAUAAUGGUGUGAUUGUAUCUGUCAUUAUUGCAUGUCUCUUUCAUAACAUGUGCUAUUACAAAUCUCUA